CACCCCGACCCCCGGAUCUUCAAAGUGACAACCUGGGCUGUGUUCCCACCUGUCUCUGGCCUCUCAGACCCUGGGGUCACCCAGGCAGCUCUGAGGCCACUGCAGCCUCUCGCACCUGCGCGUGGGAAGGGCCAGGUCGGGCUCUGGCUCCAUGCCAUCUGCUCUUCUCGGCUGAGCCUGGGCUGUGGUGGUCACAUCGGGGUCCCUGGAGGGCGGUGUCACAGCCCAGGAGGCUCUGAGCAUGCAGGGGACCAGGGCUCUGAUUGCUGCCCUGGCCACUGGUGCCAGGCGCCCCCGGCCCACGUUUCCACCUGACAACCUCCCACAGCCCCUCCUCAGGACUCAGCACCAGGUGGCCAUGGGCACAGAGCUGGGUUCCAGGGCAUCUGUGGGGCUGAGGUGGCCUUGCUGUUCCCGAGUGGGAGGCAGCAGGACAGAGCCUGGGGACAGGGACGGUGCAGCGCCGCUCCCCCGAGGGACGGGACAGGCUAGGCUGGGCAGGAAGCGCGGGCGGAGCGGGUCUCAUGCUUGGCGGCAUCCUGUUCUGCACCUCCAGACAGAACGAUCAUCAGGACCUCACAUUCCCUGCCUUUGCCUGUUCUUCACCAAGUCUUCGACAUCCCAACCCGGCGGCCGAUGCAGCAGCACCAGGCUCACCCUGAGGCUGGCCAGCAGGAGGCAGCACCGGCCGGGCACUGUGGGCGCCGUCCUCGCUGGAAGGCAGGGGAGCCCUGAAGCUGCAGGACGAAAGUUCCGCCUCCUUGGGCCUGGCUUUGUCCUGCCCUUGGCUCCAGGCCUGGGAUGGCCCGAAGUGACCAUCGCUCCCCUCCAAGGUGCCCUCCGUGUAGAAACCCUUCUUGCUGUGCCACAGAAACGAAAGCUCCGCAGACCCCACGCCGGAACAAUCUGGGAGUCCGUCCGGAGCCGCCCCAGCAGCCAGCACCCUCCCCAUCCCCAGAUCUCGGGGGGGGGGCACUGUCCCCACGGUGACAAAGCCAGCAGUGAGUGGAGGACGCAGGCCCGGGGCGUCCAGCUCCAGCUGUCAAUUUUGAGUGAAGCAGUGAGGGAGGCACCAGCUCUGCGGACUUGGCCCGGCUGCUCCCGGCACCUCCGGCACAGCCCGCGUCUCGGUGGGGAGCCCAGUGGUCAGAGCUGGAAAGGAACGGGACCAAAAUGCAGUGCUGACUGAGCCCCAACUGUUGACCCAUGAAGGGACCCAGCUGCACCUGCCACCUCUUCCCACUCCUAGAAGCAAAGGAUUCAGUGUCAGGAGGGGCACAUGCCCGAAGCCCAGCCCUGGGAGGCUGAGGCAAGAGGACGCAAACCUCAGCCUAGCCUGGGUAACUUAGUGACUUACCAGACCCUGUCUUGAAAAACAAAAAGCUGGAUUCAAAACUCAGCGGGAAGGAAAUUCCUCCCAAGCACCCCCAGGGCACAGCCAAGCAGCCGAGCUGCUGUUCCCCCAAUCAAUCGAUCAAUCGUCCUCAGCAGCCAGGCAAAGCUAGUGCAGGUCCUCUGCCGUCACCUGCCCUGGCCGUGCUCUGGGACGUUCAUCACUGGGCGGAGACUGCUGGUCACCCAAAGGCCCGACGGAGCGACGUGGGUCUCUCAGGGGCGGCCGUUUGGGCAGUUUACAAGCACUGCUGCGCUUUCGGGAUGGUGCGAUGUGCAGAAGGGAUGGGGACACGGAAGGGGGUGGGGUGAGCCCCCAGCCAGAGCCCCCCCCAGACAGGGGGGCGCGGAGGGGACUGACAGCUGAAGGCCACAGGCCGGGACCUGCGUGGAUCAGAGUUUUACAGGUCUGGGACGCUUCAUUAUUAAGACGAAUUUUUUGUAUCGUAUGGGCGGGGGAUAAACUAGGGGGUACACACUAGGCCAGUGUUCUACCCUGAGCCACACCCAGCGUUUUUAAUUUUUAUUUUAAAAGAACCAAAAAAAGAAAUAAUAAUAAUGUAAUUAAU